AUGCAGGAUUGUGUUAGGAUUAAUAUGGAUGUUGGUCAGAUAAGCCAGAUCAGUCUAGCUGCCGGCGGUGUUGCAUCUCAGGGGUCCACCCUUUCGGGAGAUGUCGGGGGUGUCUGGGAUCAUUCGGCAGGACCAACAGCAACACCAUUCCCAAACACAAUGGCUCGGAGGCAGUCCCUGCAUGAUUGGAAACCUGGGGUGAAUGAUCGGCUCGGUGCUGCUAGGUGGGAAACUUCCACACAGGGUAACAAUGUAGCCUUGGUGUACUGGAAUGGAUGUUUCAAAUUUGUGCACGCCGAUGGCUUCGAGGUACCACCCCCUGGUACCGGAACUGGAUUGAUGAUCGUCAUUGGCGGUAGUGCCAUUGAUGCGAGUGCAAGGAUGCAGAAGGUUCACGUCGUACCACAUCUCGAUAAGGCGACCAAGCUGGCGCGGGGACAUAGUGGCAUGUUCAGGUGCCUCAAUCCUUUCCGGAGAUCGCUUCGGGUGGGCAACGCAUUGAGGAUGUUCCCUGACCGGAAGCUCCAAACUGUAGCGCUCGUGAGUGAGCCUGGGCAUAUGUCGACUUUGACAGGAAUGGUGGAAUCAGAAAGCUUAGUGCCAAUCGUGCUGGCAUUGGGAUGGGAAGUUGACAGCCUCCAACGCUGGGAGAGACAGGCGGUGUCGAGUGGUUGGGUUAGGGAUGCCUGGUGA